AAUUCUCUUUUGUUUAGCUUUCUGUUUCAGCAGUGGGAGUGUCUCAGCUUUAUAUUCUAACAGGAGGAGGUCCACAGUCUUCAGGAAGGUUCUGGUCAAUACUAGACAUGUCCAGCAGGUGGUGUUGUUUCAUAAUAAGGUUCAAUGAGUCUGUUAAUCACAAUUACAUCCAACGAAACUGCUUUUAAAUAUUUUACUUUUAAUUCGUACUUUAAGUAUAAUACAACACAAUGACAACUUUUGUUUCUAGUUUUCACAGGUGUCUGAGCUUGGUCUGCAUUGCUGGCAGAAAGUUGAGCUCAUUUCUGGUGAGGGUUGGACUCCAUCAAGGCUGCCCUGUGUCACCGAUUCUGUUCAUAACUUUUAUGUACAGGAUUUCUAGGUGCAGCCAAGGAGUUGAGGAGAUCUGUUUUGGUGGCCUAAGGAUUGAGUCUCUCUGCUUUUUGCAGAUGAUGGGUCCUGUUAGCUUCAUCAGAACGUGUUCUACAGCUUUUGCUGGAGCUAUUCACAGUGAGUGUGAAGCAGCUGGGAUGAGAAUCAGCUCCUCUAAAUCCGAGGCCACGGUUUUGAGUCUGAAUACUGUAGAAUGCCUUCUCCGGGACAGAGAUGAGGUCCUGCCCAAGUGGAGGAGUUUAUAUAUUAUGGGGUCUUGCUCAUGAGUGAGGGAAAGAUGGAGCGUGAGCUCAACAGGCAGAUUGGUGCUGCAUCAGUGAUGCAGGCGCUUCACUGCUCUCAAUUUACUGGGUGAUCUACAUUACACACCCUGCAAUACACUCAUUUGGGUAGUGACUGAAAGAGUGAGAUCGCGGAUACAAGCGGACGAAAUAAGUUCUCUCCGCAGGGUGGCUGAGCUCUCCCUUAGAGAUAGGUUGAUAAGCUCGACCAUCUGGGAGGGACUCGGAGUAUACCACUGCUCCUCCACAUCGAGAGGAGCCAGUUGAGGUGGCUCAGGCAUCUAUGCCUCCUGGACGUCUCCCUGGGGAGGUUUACCGGGCACGUCCAAACGGGAAGAGAACUAAAGGAAGACCCAGGACACACUGGACGGACUAUGUCUCUCGGCUGGCCAGGAAACGCCUUGGGAUUCCGCCAGAGGAGCUGGUCGAAGUGGCUAGGAAGAGGACAUUCUCGGCCUAUCAGCUUAGGCUGGUGCCCAUGUAACCCAACUCCGGAUAAGCAGCGGAAAAUGAAUGAAUUAAUGAAUGGAUGAAUGGAUGGAUGGAUGGAUGGAUGGAGAGAUCAUAUUUAUGUAUUAGAUUUUUUUCCCCCUCACAAAUCCUUUAAUGUAGGCCAUGCCCACAUGCUCUUUUAAACAAGGAUUAUGAUUGCUCUUGAAGAAUUCUCCUCAGUAGUUUUGGUUAGUAUGAAAAUGUUUUAUCGAACGCUUGUUGUUUUCUCUGAAAUUAUCACUCUUUGGAUUGAUGUUUGGUUUUCAUAGUUACAUGUUUUUGGGAGUUUUAUUUAUUUAUUUGCUUAAUUGUGAUGAACAUUUAGAACAUUAUUCUGGUCAGAAUCACAGAAAGUCCAAUCAAAUUUUGUUUAUUUGACUUUUCAUUUUUCAACUUUGUAAAAUCUAAAGAGAAAGUCUGUAGUUCUUUAUUUUGAAGGACAUUUAUGAUAAAAUAUAUUUGCUCCCUAAUUUUUUGUUCAUUCAUGUAUUUUAUCUAGUAAGACAUCAGAUGUGAUUCAUUCUAAAUGAAUCUGAACACAAAUUUUUGUGUGUGUAGCAAAGGUGUUAAAAGUAUUAAUUUAAAAGUAAAAUAUUUUCAAUUGUUAUCCAUGGAAAUAAUUAUGAUUAACAGACUCAUUGAACCUUAUUGUGAAACAGCACCACCUGGUGGACAUGUCUAGUAAUUACCAGAACCUUCCUGAAGACUGUGGACCUCCUCCUGUUAGAAUAUAAAGCUGAGACACUCCCAGUGCUGGGACAGAAAGCUAAACAGAAGAGAACUAAGAGCUGAACAAGGAUUAUUCUCACCAGAAGACUAACUCAUCAACCACGAUGUCUUAUGCAGAGAGAUCUGCUCUCAGGCCAAUGAUGGACCUCUACUGCCCUGUUCGCAGUCUGUGGCCAGAGGUCAAACCUUUGUUCUACCCGCAAGAUGUCCUCCAGAGAACCCUACAGGAGCUGCGCAGCAGCCUGGAGCUGAUGGACAGAUUUCAACACCAGAUCCUGGAGGACACAGAACCUUUCAGGAGCACACUGGUCCACAAACCAGUCUCCUACCAGCUGGACAAAGAUGGACAAGACUUUGGCCUGACACUGGACACUCAAGGCUUUUCUCCAGAGGAGCUUUCAGUCAAGCAGGUGGGCAGGAAGCUGAGAGUCCGUGGGAGGACAGAGAAGAAGCAAGAGGACGGGAAAGGCUCCUACUCUUACAGACUCCAGGAGUUCAGACAGGAGUUUGAUCUGCCUGAAGGGGUGAACCAUGAAGCUGUCAGCUGCUCCCUUUCUCCAGAUGGAAAGCUCCACAUCCAGGCAGCCAAAGUUCCAAGUGUUGAACAGGCUGAGCGAGAGCUGACUAUCAAGAGGAGCUCGGAGGAGGAAACACAGCAGAGUGUGUGUUCAUAGGCAGAAGACAGCCAACCAGAGACAUCCAGCAGGUCCUAGAGCUCCAGCCUGGAUCAUGGACCCAUGAACGUGUUGGUUAACCGAUGACAAGUGGUUCUAUUCUUUGUUAAUUAUUAAUGUUUCUAUCACAUCAUAAUGACUUUGUCAUUUCUUAUUGUACCUGCAGGGUGUCCGCGGGGUUUUAAAAAGUAUUAAAAAGUGAUAAAUAAAAAUAGUCAAAUUUAAGGCCAUUAAAAGUGUUAAAUUUGGUCACAGAGGUAUUAUUUUUUCCAAAUUAGGUAUUAAUUUUUUCGGACUAUCAGGGGUCGUAUUCUGAACAUCGACAUAGAAAUAUAUUCCGAAUGAAAUGUUAUGAACGAUUAUAAAAACUAAACAAGCCGAUUAUGUGCUCCUCCCACUUACGCUGCCCUGAGUUGCAAAUGAAGCGCUCCUCACAGUGUUGCCAACUUAGCGACUUUGACGCUAUUUCCAACAGCUUUUCAGACCCCUUCUUGACUUUUUAAAUCUUAAAAGUACCUAGCGAACACCUCAGAAACAUCUCUGGUAACCCUUAGCUACUUUCUGGAUAACUGUCGUCGACGUUUCCUGCAGGUUAGCUAAACACUCCGCCUGCUCUGCGGACCGUUCUUCAGGACAUUAGGAAAGGGAAUGAUAGUCGCUAAAGACAGCUCUCGGAGCCGGCUUCUUGUUGGAUUAACCAGAGUGAGUGACACACACACCGUACCUGCGGACUCCUGAGCCGCUAAAAACGGCUAAAUGUGCGUGUG